CCUAUCAACCGUAUGAUCGACCGUACUGAAUUACUGCUCCAGAGAAGAGCCUUCGAUCCGCUGCUCAAGCCCUUCGAAACUCCGGCCACUCUCACUUCAAAGCUCGAAGAUCCUUCGGAAUCUCUCACUUUCUGCGUCCAUUUUCUUGAGAGAGAAGUAAGUUUCCGAAUUGAAUUGAAAGAACAAAACGGCGAUCAGAAGAUGUCUCUGACGGGCGUGAAGAUGUCCGAAGACGUCUGGUUUACUUGUCUCACUCAUGCAUUGUCCACGGAGACUGAGGAAAUCAUGGGGCUUCUGCUCGGCGAUAUUGAGCAUUCAAGAAAUGGUAACGUAACUGCAUUAAUUUGGGGAGCAUCGCCUCAGACACGGUCUGACAGAAGGAAGGACCGUGUGGAGACUCACCCUGAACAAUUGGCUGCUGCAUCUGCCCAGGCUGAGAGAAUGACAGCAAUGACCGGGAAAACAACUAGAGUUAUUGGGUGGUACCAUUCACACCCUCAUAUUACAGUGCUUCCUUCCCACGUUGAUGUGCGAACUCAAGGGACAUAUCAGCUCCUUGAUUCCGGGUUUAUUGGGCUGAUAUUUUCCUGUUUUAGUGAAGAUGCAAACAAGGUUGGAAGAAUUCAAGUUAUUGCUUUCCAGUCCUCAGAUGGGAAACAAAAUCACCUCUCAAGACCCAUUUCUUUAUCUCCCGUGUAUCGAAAUUCAGUGAUUGAUGUUGAAUCUUCUUUGAGUUCCUCUGAUAAUUUAUCGGCAAAAGCAGGCUACGGACCAGGGGAGAGUCCUGAACAAGACACUGGUGAUUCAAUGGUUGCUAGUGCUAUUAAGGGUACUGGAGGAUCUUCAGAGUUGGGUUAUUUCUUUGCUAAUGCCGAUACCAACUCUCAAGGAAAAGAGAAAAUGGGUGGAAGCUAUCUUACUAACAAUACGAACAGUGGGAUUACUGAUAUUGAUCCAAUGGACUUGUCUGAAAGUAUGCAAGAAGCAAUGCACCGUUCGAAUAUCGAAAUGAGUGCUGCCGAGUUCUCAAGGAAAGAGAUUCCUCUUCAUGUUAUGCCGACUGCAUCCCUCAUCAAGCUCGAUUCACCAUUAAUGUCUUUUACAGAUUUACAGCAUGUUCUGUUUGAAGAGGAGAGAUCGGCUUAUAACCAAGCCAUCUUGAAUAUUAUGAGAGACGGUAAAGUGCAUCCGCUAACGUUCAUACAUCACACGUCAACAUAUCAGGCUUCAAUGUGCAAGCUAAUUGAAUAUUGUCUAAGUCCAGCCAUAAGUGUGCUCCAGGACCGCGUAAAAGAGAACGAAAUCCGGUUAGCAUUACUGGCUGAGGAAGCCAAGAAUCUGGAAGUUGAGGCUGCAAACGUGAUUGAGCUAGCCCCGGGAUCAUCUCGCCAAGUUUCAAGUCCUGGACCUCGAGCAAGUGCUUCGGCAACACACAGGGAUUUGUAUCCUUCAACCGCAUCUGUCAGUCCACGAAGUGUAGGAAGUCCUAUGCACCGGAGUAGAAAAGGGUUGUGAUGAAUCUUGCUGGUAACUUGUUUUCCUAAUACCCGGAAGCCUUUAUUAUAGCGUUCGGGAUUUUUGUGCAUAAAAACGAUCCGAAGUAUAGAAAAGGGGUCAAUGGGCAUUCAUUAUUAGCUUCCAAAUUUCGCCUUCUCGCUGCCAGAUACCGUCUAAGAAUGGCUUUUGAUCAAGUGGCAUGCACUUGAAUCCACCACAUAUAUCAGUUUGGAGAAGUUGAUAUUUUGGAACAAAAUCAGGAUUCAAGUUGCAUACGUCUAGAUCUGUGAUUCUGUAUGUUUCUGAGGACCAACUUGAAUUUUCAGUACAAAAUGCAAGAAUGUAUCGAGUUCGAUAGUGCGACAUCUAUCGCUACUAAUUUUGUUAAAGAUUGAGUAUUAAGUUCUCUGUCGCUGUUUGAUCAUAUCAUUUUUAGUUCAA